UGAUUUCAUGAAAUAUUUCUAUGUUAGAAUGGCUGGAUAAAACUUUCUUCCCUACUAUGAAACAAAAAAUGCUAGAAAGGUACCACCUCUACAAGGAGACUCUAGAAAAAUUAGAUGUGCAUGUGCAUCCAAGUAAAGCCACCAUUUUUAUAUGGGCCGAUUUUUCAAAGCAUCUUCGAGAAAAAUCAUUCGAUAAUGAGAAAAAGCUAUUUGAAUCAUUUUUAAAUGCUGGGGUAUUUAUCCUGCCAGGCGAGUCUUGUUUCUCAAAAGAUCCAGGAUGGUUUCGAAUAGUCGCCGCCCUUGACGAUGACGUCAAUAACGAAGGCUUGGAAAGAUUGGUUCAAUUACUAAAAUCUAUAAAGAAAGAUCUCUGAUUCUCUCCAGUAAGAGAUACAUAAAAAAAUAUAGGAAGGAUGCCAUACUUCAAGUCCAUCAAAUAAAGGCUUGUUGUAGGAAGACACUAAAGAUAUAUGGGCUAGUGAAAUCUAAUGCUGAAAUUUAGAAAAGCAUGUUUGAAAAUGUUUUCCAUGGUGACGUUAAUGUAAAUUUGUCCAAUUUACGUUUCAAAUAUCAAAUCAUACAUUAAAAAGAUGUAUAAAAUAUGGGCUAUGUUUGCUCAUGUUUAAUUGUUAGUUGUUCUAAUAAUAUUUCUUGUUAUAACAUUUUUAAACUUUUUUUUUUUUUUUGUGUAAUAUGUGUAUUUUUAAUAUUUGUUAAGCUUUCGCUGUGUGUCAGUGAAACAUUUGUAGGCCUAUAUGUAUCAUUGUAACGUAUGGUCUAUUGGUGGUGUGUCUAUGUAUGGUCUUUUGGUGGUCUGUCUAUGUAUGGUCUAUUGGUGCUGUGUCUAUGCAUGGUCUAAUGAUAGUGUGCUUAUGCAUGGACUAAUGAUAGUGUGUCUAUGAAUGGUCUAAUAAUAGUGUGUCUAUGUAAAGUAUCUUGAUGGUUUCUCUAUGUAUGCCCGAAACCUACCGCCGGACGACGUAUGAUGACGACGGGUAGAGUUCAAAUCCGGGGCAGUCCAGAGCGCAUACCAAACGACCAGGCAGCCAUCCUAUUCUCAAUUGACUUAGACAACAUUAAGUUUAAAAACAAACUUGUUCAUGUGUUUGAAUGAUAUAUUUAGUUUUGAAAUGAACAUUUACACGUAGAAAAUUAGAGAAGAAAAAAGAUAAAUUAAAAAAUACAUAAAUGUAUACCACAAUAUCCAAUGUUUGUUUAAAAAAAAAUCACUAAAAAAAAUCACAUAAUAUUGCAUUAGAGUACAAUGUAAUUAGAAUUAGAAAAAAUCAUCAAAUCAGUUAUCUGGUGUUGGAAGAUGUUCAAACAUACUAUGCACUUGUAUGGCAUAUUUACAUCAGACUGAGACGUACGAAGCUUAGGUUAACAAACGCAAUAGAAAUACACUGAGUUCCCGUUUGUACGUUCAUAUAAAGAAAAAAUAAACAAUUACAUAAUUUUAAAUUUCAAAUACAUCGUCCUACAAAUCUGAAAAUGCAGAGACGGUCUUGGCAGUACGCGGGGCCCUGGGCGAGUGUCAAAGUGAAGGGGAAAUAACCUUAAAUAUAACCCUAAAUAUGAGGCAAACAGUUUUCAAUGUGGUUGACGCCAAAAUGGUUUCAUGGAUAUUGAGUAAGGAUUUCCUGUUAAGAAAAGCUUUUGGCGUAAAAAUCCACCAGACUGUAUGUCUGUCUAUCAGGAGUUAGU